AUGGCAGUCGGUGACACACUUGCAGCAAUCCUCACUUCCGGUAUCACACUUUAUAAUGCUUACAACGGCAAUAGCUGGUCAGGAGAUUUASUGUUUGGAGAACACAUUUACUGCAGGAUGAUAUGUCCCCUGUACUAUCUUUGCAUGCUCUGCUCCAUAUACAGUCUCGUGGUGCUCACAUUUGAUCGAUUYCUGGCUGUUACACGUCCUCUCAAGUACCAACACCAUUCCUCCUCGACAAAGUACAUGAUUCCUUGCGUCUGGAUAACAUCGGUUGCAGUCGCCACUCACUACGCAUUACGAGAGAUUGUUUUCUGCUCAAACGGAGGGAAAUUUUAUUGUAUUCCUCAGGCUUCACCGCUGCAGGCAUUUUUAAAGCUGUCCCUUGGCUUUGUCCUUCCACAUUUGAUCAUACUGAUCCAAUAUAUGGCAAUUGCGUACACACUUUGCACAAGAAAAGUUCCUGGGGAACAUGCUCAGAAGGUCAGUGGUCAAACAGAGAAAGUUGCCAAAAAGGUUACUCUGAUGAUUGUCUGCAUCUUUGUGGCUUUCGACGUUGCAUAUGUUCCAUUCUACCUUGGCUUUGUGUUUCCUUUCCUCUAUUAUGGAAAAGCAGCCGAGAGCUUCCUUGAGGUAUGGUCAUGCAAGCUACUAGUGACUUUCAAUGGAGUUUUCAAUGUUAUUAUUUAUGCAGUAUUCAAUGAAAGCUUCAAGCAUGCAUUCCAGAAAGCCUUACCCUUUGGUCGCUUCCUGAAAUCAGUGGGGAAGUUGAACAAACGAUUGGCAUGGAAAUGUGACACSUCAUCACAGAAGACYUCCAAUACUGGAUUGACAACACAGCAGACAUAA